AUCGCAAUUUCUAGAUUGCAUUUUAUCAAAAGUCUACAUAGUCGACCUCCAGUCUCCGACGACUCACUGGUCUCUCUAUCUCUCUCUCUAUACAUAUAUAUCUAGGGUUUCUACAGUCCCAAACACUACGUUACUGAGCGCCAUCUGGUUUUAGGGUUUGGUUGAAGAAAUCUAUUGGAAAGUGAGGAUGUCAAGUGGUAGAAACACACAUUGGUGCCACCAGUGCAGGCAGGCAGUGAGGCUUCGAGGCAGGAACUUGGAUUGUCCACAUUGCAAUGGAGGCUUUGUGCAAGAACUCGUUGAGGUGUUGGACUCUGGACAACAGGAUUUUCUUGGAUAUCGUUCGGAAGAUGGUUCUGACUUUCGACUCAUGGAUCCUACCUUUGACCCAAGGUUUGGAAUUGUGGAUGCUUUGAUGGCUUUUAUGAGGCAGAGAAUGGCAGGAAGAAACCCAAACUACGACAUCAGAGCUAGAUCUGGUCUAGGUCCUGAACCAAGUAUGGCUUUGGGUUCUGGUCCGUGGUUGUUGAUCCAUGGAACCCCCGGCAGGAUGCCCGAUAAUGAUGCAUUUGAACUCUUCUUUAGUGGCAAUCCGGGAAUGGGCCAGCGUCGACCUGACAUUGGUGAACUUUUUACCGGUCCAGGACUGGAAGAAUUUAUUGAACAGCUUACAAUGAAUGGCAGGCAGGGUCCACCCCCUGCACCUCGUUCUUUAAUUGAUGCUAUGCCUACUAUUAAGAUCACACAGAGGCAUCUGAACACUGAUUCCCACUGCCCAGUUUGUAAGGAUAAAUUUGAGUUGGGCUCUGAAGCAAGGCUAAUGGCAUGUAAUCAUCUGUAUCAUUCUGACUGCAUAGUUCCUUGGUUGGUUCAGCAUAACUCCUGCCCUGUUUGCCGCGUCGAGCUGCCCUCACAAGGUACUGCUCGUGGCAAUAGAAGGGCAAGUGGUGGGAACGGAAGCAGCAGCAGCAGCAGCAAUGGUAGUGAUAUCAGUGGCAGGGACAAUAGCGGGCCGAAUCAGGGGAGGAGAAACCCAUUAUCAUUUUUGUGGCCUUUUCGCUCAUGAAGCCAAAACACACACAGUCAUUGUGCUGAAACAGGAGGAAAAGUUCAAGAGAUGAAGGAAUAAUGGGACGAAUUAUUCUGGAUGCCCCUCCAAUUAUUAAGGUUGUUUUUACUUACAGUCUUUGCCUUCUUCUCUUUGUUGUGUGCCUUUAUAAUUAAUACAUGAUGUCCAGUUAAACUUGUUAAAUAUGCUUGGUGUUGGGUGAAAAUGGUCUCAGAAACUGGUUUAUAGUGGACUUCAGUCUGCUGUUAAAAUGUACACAGAGGUCAUUAGAUGUUUUCCAUCUUUAUUUUUGUGAAUGAUAAUGCUGUGUUUCAAACUG